CCGCGCCCAUGCGCGCGCUCGCGGCCGGGUUGCAGAGCUGGGCGCGCGCCCCGCGUCCCGGGCAGGAAGAUGGUGGCGAGCGCGCGGGUGCAGAAGCUGGUGCGGCGCUACAAGCUGGCGAUCGCCACGGCGUUGGCCAUCCUGCUGCUGCAGGGCCUGGUGGUGUGGAGCUUCAGCGGCCUGGAGGAGGACGAGCCGGGCGAGAAAGGAAGGCAGAGGAAGCCGCGACCGCUGGAUCCCGGCGAGGGCUCCAAGGACACCGACAGUUCAGCCGGGCGGCGGGGCAGCGCAGGCAGAAGGCAUGGACGCUGGCGGGGCCGCGCUGAGGGCCCAGGUGUGCCCGUGGCCAAGGUGGUGCGGGCAGUAACCAGCCGGCACAGAGUGAGCAGGCGGGUCCCACCUGCCCCACCCCCGGAGGCCCCAGGCCGCCAGAACUUGAGUGGGGCGGCAGCCGGGGAGUCGCUGGUCGGGGCAGCUGGCUUCCCACCACAUGGAGACACAGGGAGUGUGGAGGGUGCCCCCCAGCCCACAGACAACGGCUUCACCCCCAAGUGCGAGAUUGUGGGCAAGGAUGCGCUGUCUGCCCUGGCUCGGGCCAGCUCCAAGCAGUGCCAACAGGAGAUUGCCAACGUGGUGUGCCUGCACCAGGCCGGGAGCCUCAUGCCCCAGGCUGUGCCCCGGCACUGCCAGCUGGCUGGGAAGAUGAGUCCUGGUGUCCAGUGGGACGAGGUUCGGGCCCAGCUGCCCAUGGAUGGCCCCCCAGUACGAAUCGCCUAUAUGCUGGUGGUUCAUGGCCGCGCCAUCCGGCAGCUGAAGCGUCUCCUCAAGGCUGUCUACCAUGAGCAGCACUUCUUUUAUAUCCAUGUGGACAAGCGCUCCAACUACCUGCACCGUGAGGUGGUGGAGCUGGCCCAGCAGUAUGAUAAUGUGCGGGUGACUUCCUGGCGCAUGGUCACCAUCUGGGGUGGGGCCAGCCUGCUGAGGAUGUAUCUGCGGAGCAUGCAGGACCUGCUGGAGGUGCCUGGCUGGGCCUGGGACUUCUUCAUCAACCUCAGUGCCACCGACUACCCAACCAGGACCAACGAGGAGCUGGUGGCUUUCCUGUCCAAGAACCGAGACAAGAAUUUCCUGAAGUCACAUGGCCGGGACAACUCCAGGUUCAUCAAGAAACAAGGCCUGGACCGGCUCUUCCAUGAGUGCGACUCACACAUGUGGCGCCUGGGCGAGCGGCAGAUCCCAGCAGGCAUUGUGGUGGAUGGCGGCUCUGACUGGUUCGUGCUGACACGCAGCUUUGUGGAGUAUGUGGUGUACACAGACGACCCGCUUGUGGCCCAGCUACGCCAGUUCUACAUGUACACGCUGCUCCCAGCUGAGUCCUUCUUCCACACGGUGCUGGAGAACAGCCUGGCCUGUGAGACCCUAGUGGACAACAACCUGCGGGUCACCAACUGGAACCGCAAACUGGGCUGCAAGUGCCAGUACAAGCACAUCGUGGACUGGUGUGGCUGCUCCCCCAACGACUUCAAGCCGCAGGACUUCCUGCGGCUGCAGCAAGUCUCCAGACCCACCUUCUUCGCCCGGAAGUUUGAGUCCACCGUCAACCAGGAGGUACUGGAAAUCCUGGACUUCCACCUGUAUGGCAGCUAUCCCUCAGGCACACCAGCCCUCAAAGCCUACUGGGAGAACACCUAUGACGUGGCCGAUGGCCCCAGUGGGCUCAGUGAUGUCAUGCUCACUGCUUACUCCGCCUUUGCCCGCCUCAGCCUGAGCCAUGUCGCCACUGCUGCGCCCCCACUGGCCACCGCACUCUGCAGGUUUGAGCCCAGGGGCUUGCCGUCCAGCGUGCAUCUCUAUUUCUAUGACGACCAUUUCCAGGGCUACCUGGUGACACAGGCGGUGCAGCCCUCAGCCCAGGUGCCGGCAGAGACACUUGAGAUGUGGCUGAUGCCCCAGGGGUCGCUGAAACUGUUGGGGCGCAGUGACCAGGCCAGCCGGCUCCAGAGUUUGGAGGUUGGCACCGAGUGGGACCCCAAAGAGCGUCUUUUCCGGAACUUUGGGGGGUUGCUGGGGCCACUGGACGAGCCUGUAGCCAUGCAGCGCUGGGCCCGGGGCCCCAACCUCACAGCCACUGUGGUGUGGAUCGACCCCACCUAUGUCGUGGCCACAUCUUAUGACAUCACAGUAGACACAGAGACUGAGGUUACACAGUACAAACCCCCACUGAGCCGGCCCCUGCGGCCAGGGGCUUGGACUGUUCGACUGCUUCAGUUCUGGGAACCCCUGGGCGAGAUCCGCUUCCUCGUGCUGCCCUUGACCUUCAACCGCAAACUACCUCUCAGGAAAGAUGAUGCCAGCUGGCUGCACGCCGGGCCACCCCACAACGAGUAUAUGGAGCAGAGUUUCCAGGGCCUGAGCGGCAUCCUGAACCUGCCUCAGCCAGAGCCCGCGGAGGAGGCUGCCCGGCGGCACUCAGAGCUCACAGGCCCUGCCCUCGAGGCCUGGACAGAUGGGGAACUGAGCAGCUUCUGGUCUGUGGCUGGACUGUGUGCCAUGGGCCCCUCCUCCUGCCCCUCUCUGGAGCUCUGCAAAGUGACCAGCUGGAGCUCUCUGUUCCCUGACCCUAAAUCAGAGCUGGGGCCUGUCAAAGCAGACGGGCGACUCAGGUAGCAGGCCUCCAGCCAGCGCCUCCGGGGAGAUCCGGGGAUUGCACCUUACAGACAAUGGAGGGGUGUCUCCUCCCAUAGGCCAGAACCAGAGGCCCAGGCAGUACACCCAUGUCAGGCAUCCAGAACCCGCACAGAUGGCAGGGAGAAUGGAUGUGGUAUUUACUACUGCUCAUGGCUCUGCUAGGACCAGAGGUUGGCAGGAAGAUGGGGAGAAGGGUUCCAGUUUCCACGUCCCACUCUUCCUUACCUUUCCUUCUAGUUUUGUUUUGUUUUUGAAGGAAAAUGGGUGGUGGGGGAAGGAACUGGAAACACAAAACGUGCAAUAGGGCUCAGAGCAGCCCCAAGAAAUAGGCCACGGCUCUGGGGAGCAGGGGCCUGAUGAACCCAUCUGCUGCGCUCUGAGGAGGCUGGGCCUGCCUCACCCUCCAGGGCCUCGUCCCCGAGCCUGGGCCUGUGGUGCUUCAGGCUGAGGUUCUGCAGGGGUGUGAGUGCUGUGCCAGGCUCUGAGGCCUGGAGGGAGCACUCUAGGGGACAGCCUCCCCUCUUUUAGCCAGGGGACCACAGAAGAGGGGGUGGGGCUGGCUUUAGGGCUUUCCAGCAUAACCUGCCCCUUUAUGCGAAAGGCAGAGCACCAGGGCCUACUGAGACCAGUGCAGAGUCUCCCAGGUACCCAGAACUGCAAGCAGGGCCUGGGCACCCGCCCUGGAGGGGCGAGCCCUUGGGAGCAGUGUGGGAAGAAGACUCUCUCAGGGCUCUCAGAAGAACCUGGGGCAGCAUUGUGCCUGAAGCUCAAUGUGAAGUCGGAAAUAUGCAACAGAAGAAAUAUAUCUCUAUCUCUCUAA